UUCCGCAUCACCGAGCCGCACCCUUCCGUGCCGUCGAAUCACUACGCCUUCUUCCACUCCGGUCGUGGCGGCGCUGGCAAUGUCACCCGCGUGAGCAGCAAAGAAGUCACUCCCGGCCCCACGGCCACCGGCCCCGCUUCCAAGAUCAAGCUGCCUGCUCCCCCCACCAACGGUACCUUCUUGGGCGGCCGUGGCGGUGCAGGCAACGUCCACCGCGAAAAGGCCAUCUUCAGCUUUGACGAGGAGCUUGAGCAGCAGCAGCGCCUGCAGGACCACGCCAGCCCCGUCUACCACAUUGGCCGCGGCGGCACUGGCAACAUUGUCGACGAAACCCGCCCCAACCCCAACCGCAAGGGCUCUUCCGGCUCCACCAUCAGCAACGAAUCCACCAGGAGCUCC